AUGAAUAUGAACGUGUAUGAAGCAGGAAAGCCCUGUGAGAUGGUUCGAUCGGGGACGGUCCCCAAGUCUUGUCAUCAUGAAGGAUACAUUGGAAGAGGAGAUGAAUGGGCAACUCUGCCGUCUCAGGGCUCUGCUCGCCAGCUAAGAGGGCUCCCAGACCAUUGGCUUUUGUACGGAGAACCGCAGCAACAGGGAGUGGUCACAGCAGCCGCGCGGGCGGAAUCAGCCCCGCGGGGGCCAAAACAGCCGCACCGGCUGGGACUGCGACGCUGGCGACCCCUCUGCCUGGUGUCUGGGUAUGUGGUGGAAUCAACAAUCACCAGUGUGGAAAGACUGACUGGAAGGAAGAUGACCUGUUUGGUUUGUGAUGAUGAAUUUGUGAGCACUAUACAGAUCUUUCUGGUUGGAGACAUUAUGCGUGCAAAAAUGUCGGUCGGGGGCGAGCGCACUUCCCACCCAGAGACUGAGCGGGCAGCACCCGCAGGCCAGGAGCGCGUUCCGGGAGGCGCCGGCUCCUCCCCGCGGCCUGGGCACACGUGCCUGGGCUGGGGCCGGAGCCGGCGGUCGCGCCGCGCCGUAGUAGCUGGGGCGGGUGGGAGCGGCUGGCUCCCGGCCGCGGCUGCCGCCCGCCCGCCGGCUCCGGUGGUUGGGCGGAGGAAGAGCGGGACUCCUCCUCCCCACCGUAUUAACAUGCACCCAGGGGCGGGUGACCAGCCCAGCCUCGCCGCCCCAGCCCGCCGCGUCCCGGCGCUCAGCCUCCGCUCCAGAGGCGAGCGCUGCGCUCCGGGCGCCGCAAUCGCGAGGACACGGCCUCGCGGACACCGUCGGCCCCGGGGCUUCGGCAGCGUCAGCGGCGCGAGCAGCCGCCGCCGCCGCCUCGGCUCCUCUCUCGAGUCCUUCCCGUCACCUCGCUGAGAGCCGGUCCCGGCCGCGGGGACGACCCUUUCGUCCCCCCUCCGAGGCUCGUGGGACCAACGGACGGACGUAGCCAGCGAGGGCCGGACUGCGGGACGCGGCCAGCACAUUCGUGAGUGGUGCUCUCGAGUCCCUUCGGGUGAUUACUACUUAGAUCUUUCCCUGGGACACCUUCUUGAAAGGACCAGCCUGGAUCCACUUUGCUUAGAUAUAAUCCCAGAUUAGUGGAGUUGUUGCAAAGCAGACUGCACCUGUCUCACUAAGACUGAGCAGCUGAACAUCAGGUACCCAGAGUGAAAAAGGGCCUGCAUUUGGAUCUUUUCCUGCCUGGGAAGAAAGGAAAAUGGACAAUUGAUAAUCAA